ACCAGAACAAUGCCACUUGCUCUGCAUACCUGUCUCCUCUGGCUAUCUGCCAGUGUCCUCAUGACUGCCCACACCUUGAAUGACAGCACCGCUGAGUCUUCAUUGAGCCCUCACCGAGGCCUGGCCCCCACCAAUGUUGACUUUGCCUUCAACCUGUACCAUCACCUAUCGACCUUGGAGCCUCACAAAAAUAUCUUAAUCUCCCCCGUGAGUGUCACAACGGCCUUGGCCAUGAUGUCCCUUGGCACAAUGGGCCCCACAAAGACACAGCUUCUCCAAGACGUGGGCUUCAACCUCACAGAGAUACCUGAAGAUGAGAUCUACCAGAAAUUCGAGCAGCUCAGUCACCUUCUCAGCCAGUCAGACAGCAACUUGGAGAUGAGCAUGGGCAAUGCCAUGUUCCUCAACAAGAACCUGAAGCUAAAGGACUUGUUCUUAACAGACAUUGCACGCUAUUACAAGUCAGAGGCCUUGACCACCAAUUUCAAUGACUGGGCUGAAGCCAGCAAGCAGAUCAACAAGCAUGUUGAGAGUAAGACACAGGGGAAAAUCACACAUGUGUUCUCAGACCAGGAGAGUCCAGCCGCCCUCAUCCUGGUCAACUACAUCUUCCUCAAAGGCAUGUGGGAGCUUCCCUUAAAUCCAGAAAAUACCAAGGAUGAGGACUUCCACGUGAACGAGACCAGCACCGUCAGGGUGCCCAUGAUGUUCCAAUCAGGCAAUAUGGAUUAUCUUCACGACUCAAAGAUCCCCUGCCAAGUGUUAAAGAUGAGAUACUUGGGAAAUGGAACUACCUUCUUCAUCCUUCCAGACCAGGGCCAGAUGGACACCGUCAUCGCCAAACUUAACAGGGACACAAUUGAGAGGUGGGACAAGCUUCUGACCAAAAGAUGGGUGAACCUGUACAUCCCCAAGGUCUCCAUGUCUGGUACCUAUGACCUUGAAGAUGCACUGGCAGGCAUGGGCAUUACAGAUUUGUUCACCAGUCAAUCAGCUUUCUCAAACAUCACCGAGGAUUCUCCACUAAAGCCGUUAAAGGUGGUCCACAAGGCCAUGCUGCAACUGGAUGAGACAGGUGCACGGCAUGUUGUCACCAGAGAGGCUCCCCCGAUACCUGAACCACUCACCAUCACCUUCAACAGGCCCUUCACUCUCCUAAUUUUUGACGACUUCACGUGGAGCAGCCUAUUGUUUGCUAAAAUCAUGAAUCCAGCCUAAGCUCAUGCCCUGAGCCGCCAUGGUGCCACCUGACUUUGGGAGGGCAUAAAAGCCUUUCCCCAGUCUUCUCCAGGUUCUCCCCAACCCAACCAAGUAUCCUUACUUUUAGAUGCUUUGUAAUGAAUGACAGUUGAGAAGGGACCCCUGAGAAAGAUGAGUUAUUAAAGGAUGUUUUUGCAAACUCUGUGGAGUACCUGGGUCAUUGCAUUCUGAUGAGGGCUUCCUUCUCGAUUUAUACACAGGUGGUGCC